AAGCCACCUCUCUCCGAGUCUCUGAUCUCCAUCCUCUUCUUUUAUCGUCUUGCUGGUCUAUCUCUCCCACUCUCUCUCUCUCGCAGCCGCCACUUCUAGAAGCUUCCUGGCUACCGCGCCCAUGGCCGCCGAACCCAAGGCACCGACCCUCGCCGAGGAAUAUUCACUUCCGCCACAAGAGGUUCCAGCAGAAAAAGAAGCUGAGGAGAAGCCGGCUAUUGCUACUGAGACUGAAGCUGCCCCUGAAACAAACGAUGACGCCCCUCCAGCUGUUGAGGUCACAACUGCUGUAGAAGAUAAGAGUGAACCGUCUGUGCAAGAUAGUGCUGACAAGGCAGAAGCAGAGGAAACGAAUCCUGCAACAGAGGAAACAACUGAGACUGCUGAAGAGGAAGAGCCUGAAGAGAAAGCAGAGAUUAAGAUUGAAACAGCACCAGCAGAUUUCCGUUUCCCAACAACUAAUCAAUCAAGGCACUGUUUCACACGCUAUGUUGAGUAUCACAGGUGCGUAGCUGCGAAAGGAGAGGAUGCUUCCGAAUGUGACAAGUUCGCAAAAUACUACCGAUCUCUUUGCCCUGGCGAAUGGGUUGACCGUUGGAAUGAGCAACGGGAGAACGGCACCUUCCCUGGGCCUCUGUAAUCUUGUCCGAGAUCUCUGCCGCUGUAACUGGCGACAGGUUAUCAGGGCCAGAGGGAUCGUCUUCUUUUUUGCAGAGCAUUACAAAUAAAAGAUAAUUCUUUUACCUGGAUGUUGUCUUGUGACACUUGAUGAUCAUUUCCGCCAUGCUGGGGAAACUCACGUUACGGAUAUAAUUUUCCUUCCACUGUUCUCUGAGGAUGACGAGGACACUCGCUUGGAGAAAAUACGUGCUAGCACAAAUUCUCCAAGUUCAUGCUUUGUAAUCUUCAUUGUAACUUUACCUGUCCAAUUUGGUCCGCGAGCAAGAAUGCACCUCAGGGUUUUGAUCGGGACAUGGUUUUAACUGCUGGAUUCCUUCUUGAA